CACAAUAAACAGCAAUCAUAAAAAACAUGGCGUCCAUGAAAGAAACAGAGUUGCAAUGCGAUGUAUUUCAGGAUAUUUUAUCAAAACUAGAAUCUAAUGAGUUCUACGAACAGAUUAAAUCUCACCUUUAUAACAUAUCUGCGAAUUCAUCGGAUAUUAAGGGCACAGAUUCAGCCGAGAGAUUUUUAUCAUGGGCCAAAUUAGACAGUAAUCUGAAAGUAGUGUCAGUAGAUGUGCCUUCGCUCAUUUUACCAAAUGAUUAUGAAGGGAGGUUGCAUGACGUGAGAGUUUUUGUUAAAUUUGGACCAGAUGACCCGGUAUAUGAUAACAACAAGGAAAUUAGAGAGAGGAUAGCUAGAGGAAACAGUUUUUUAGAGUUAACAAACAAGGCACCUCGUACAUUCUGUGCUCUCCAAGCUAUGAAGAAGUUUACUGGUGGGCUUGGUGAUGAUGAUGACAGGGAGUCUGGGGAUGAUCUUGUCUGGCAGAAAUAUUUUACUAAGCCAAUAGAAGAAGCAGAAAUUGUUAUAGCCACUAACAAAGCUAAUGGUGAAGCUGCACAUCUAAGUUGUAUAGAAAUUGAUAAUGAAAUCAUUCUAUGUGGAGGCUCAAAAAAUGUCCAUUUACUGUUUAGAAAUAAAAGUGAUAUAGACAAGUAUGUAGAACCAAGAUAUAGAAUAGCAACUGAAGUGUGUCAUACAGUGAUGGAGGCAUUAGAUGAUAUGACUGAGAAAGAUCGGCUCAGAUUAAUGAAAUUUUUAGUUCAAAGUCAAUAUACGGCAGUGUUUGAAAUAUUAUCUCCCCUUCAUCAACAUGUUGUCAACCUAUCAUAUUUAAAAAGACCAGCUUUGAAGUUUAUAUCAUGGACAAAAUGUGAAUUGGAAGCAUCAGAAAAAUUACACCAUUUAAACAUAGUUCCUCCACAUGUUGGAAUAGAGAUAGCUAAGUGUCUAGGUUUAGAUCCAGUUACGUAUGAGAAAGUGAAGGUGUCAGAUCUAGAUAUAUUCAUGAAACAGAUCAGGAAAGGAUUUGACUCGGAAGGAAAGGUGUUAUAUUUUCUAGACAGUGAAAAUCAAGUGAUAGGCCUCCUUAAAAAGAAAACAACAUGGUAUAUAAUGUGUAGAGCUGUGAGGGAGAAAGUUAAGACAGCAGUUAACCAGUCUAUCAAAAAUCCUAUGAAAUAUUCCAAAACUAGAUCUUCAAAUCAGAUAGAGAAGAGAGUCAGAGAGAUUCAAAAAUGGCUUCACCUGGACAAUGCUACCACAACAGCAUGGAAGGAACUGGGAACAAGUUGUUUGAAGUGGGUUCUUCGUGAAGUAGAUGACAAUAAAUUAUCACCAGAAGAAGUGAGGGAUAUGUUUCCUGUAUACUGGGAGAGAUUUUUACGAGAGACAGGGAGUACAGAUAGAAUUGAUGUGGAGGAAGAUGACAUAACCGAGUCGGGGGCAUGUGGAGUAGAUUCUUGAUAAUUAAGGGGCCGUUAUAUUUUAGUGAUAGUGCUGGCACUAACAAAUAUUGUGAGAUGUUGAUCCUGUGAAAUUUCAAUAUGGACUUUCUUGAUUUCAAUUUCAAGAUUGUUUAUACACACUAUAUGAAGAGCUGCACUGCUUAACUCAGCAUCCCCAUCUGCUACAGAUUUCUGAUAAAGUUUUUGCGCAGUAAAAAAUUUUUACUCUUACCCGAAACUGAUUAGUUAGUGAAAUAUUUUUCCAGCUCGAACUGCUUUAUCUCUUAAAGGAUUUAAUUUAAACUUACAAUACAUGUUCUGUAUCAUCCAAAUAUGUGGCAAGGUUCAUAACUCUAGCGCCAAUAUAUUCAAUAUGUGAUAAUGUCAGAUAAUGUUUUGGAUUAAGAACUUUUUAUAUACAUGUAUUUCUUUAUACUUUUAUCUUCAUAAUGGUAUCUAUUUGAGACUUAAGGUAGUUGUUCCUGGUCAUCUCUAACAUGAUGAGAAGGUUCAUUACUCUCUACUUUCAUAGAUCUGUCUUUUUUUUCUGUGUCCAGUACAUGUAUUUUAUUAGUUGAGCAUACUGUCUCCUCUGCUGUCAGCUCUUUUUGGAGCUAUUGGUCAUCUAUUUUUAGCUCACCUGUCAUAAAGUGACAGGGUGAGCUUUUGUGAUCGCUUUUCGUCCGGCAUCCGUCCGUCCGUCGUCCGUCCGUAAACUUUUACUUUAAAUGACAUCUCCUCAUAAACCACUGAGCCAAUUUCAUCCAAACUUCACAGGAAUGUUCCUUUGGUGGUCACCUUUAAAAAUUGUUCAAAGAAUUUAAUUCCAUGCAGAACUCUGGUUGCCAUGGCAACCGAAAGAAAAAACUUUAAAUAUCUUCUUUUAAAAAACCAUAAGAGCUAGAGCUUAGAUAUUUGGCAUGAAACAUCUUCUAGUGAGUGUCUACCAAGUUUGUUCAAAUAAAAGCCCUGGGGUCCAAAUUGGCCCUGCCCCGGGGGGUCAUUGAUUUUCCCUAUAUGCAUGUAGUAAAAACUUAAAAAAUUUUCUUUUAAAGAACCCAAAGAGCUAGAGCUAAGAUAUUUAGCAUGAAACAUGUUCUAAUGGGUGUCUACUAAGUUUGUUCAAAUAAAAGCCCUGGGGUCAAAAUUGGCCCCGCCCCGGGGGGUCAUUGAUUUUCCCUAUAUGCAUAUAGUAAAAACUUAAAAAAUCUUCUUUUAAAGAACCCUAAGAGCUAUGGCUAAGAUAUUUAGCAUCAAACAUGUUCUAAUUGGUGUCUACCAAGUUUGUUCAAAUAAAA